UCCUCCUGGACCAAAUGUUCUGCUGCUGAUAGUGGAGCCUUCAGUCACUGAGGAGAAGAAACGAAGGCUGAACUUUAUCCUGGGUUUGUUUGGUGAAGAUGCCUUUAAACACUCAAUGCUCAUCACUGCACAGGAGGGGGUGGAGGCAAAUUUCACUGUAAAUCAGCUGCUUAAGAAGUGUGAAGGAAAACACUACGGCAUGUAUAAAAAUGACCUCAAACUGUUAAUGAAUAAGAUUGGGACUAUCGUGCAUGAAAACAGAAGGAAUUUCCUCAGAUUAACUGAAAAGACCACAGAAUCAAAGUCUGAAGCCGUCAAGCGGACUUUAAACCUGGUUCUGUGUGGGAGGAGAGGAGCCAGGAAGAUGUUAGCAGCCAAGGCCAUUUUAGGUCAGACUGAGCUUCAUUCAGUCUCCAACUCAUCAGAGUGUGUUAAACAUCAGGGAGAGGUGUGUGGACGUUGGGUUUCCCUGGUGGAGCUGCCUGCCUUUUAUGGAAAACCUCAGGAGGCAGUGAUGGAGGAAUCACUCAGGUGUAUCUCCCUCUGUGAUCCUGAGGGUGUCCAUGCCUUCAUCCUGGUCCUACCUGUGGCUCCCCUCACUGAUGAAGACAAGAGAGAGUUAGAGACCAUCCAGAACACAUUCAGCUCUCAAGUCAAUGACUUCACCAUGAUUCUGUUCACUGUGGACUCAGAUCCUACAGAUCCAGCUGCUGUUAACUUUUUAAAGGACAAUGAAGACAUCCAGGAGCUCUGUGAGAGAUAUGGAGGAAGAUCAGUUGUUCUCAACAUGAAGGACAAACAGCAGAUCACUCAGAUUUUUCAUCAUGUGGAUCAAAUGAGACACACAAUGGCCAGAUCAAACUGCUAUACGAUAGAGACAUUUGCACAUGCUCAAAUAGAAAAAAUCAGAGAGCAAGCGAAAUGUAUCAACAUGCAACAAGCUGAACUUCUGACACUGAAAAAACCCAUCAACAACUGUAAUGAAGAGAAGCAGAGCUCAGAGCCUCUCAGAAUUGUCUUGCUAGGUAAGACUGGCAGUGGAAAGAGCUCUUCUGGAAACACCAUUCUAGGACGAAAAGUGUUCAAAGCUGAGAAUAACCCCACAUCUGUCACCAAACGUUGUCAGAAAGCAUACGGUGAAGUGGACGGUCGUCCUGUUGUUGUGGUCGACACUCCUGGACUGUUUGAUAACAGUUUGUCACAUGAAGAGAUCAAUGAGGAGAUGCUGAAAUGUGUCAGUCUUCUGGCUCCAGGACCACACGUCUUCCUGCUGGUUUUAAAGACUGAGAGAAUCACACCAGAAGAGAAGGAAGCAUUAAAACUCAUCAAGGAAGGCUUUGGGAAGAAUUCAGAAAAAUUCACCAUCAUUCUUUUCACUAGAGGAGAUUCACUGAAACAGGAGAAGCAGUCCAUUCAUGAUUACAUUGAAAAAUCUGAUGAUUCCUUUAAGAAGCUGAUUGAUGAUUGUGGGCAGAGAUACCAGGUCUUUAAUAACUCAGACAAACUAAACCGCAAACAAGUCACUGAGCUGAUAACAAAGAUCGAUGACAUGGUCAAAAGAAAUGGUGGAAGCUGCUUCACCAAUAAGAUGCUGCAAGAAGCUGAAGCUGCAAUCCAGAAAAAAACAGAGACAAUUCUGAAAGAGAAGGACGAAGAAAUAAACAGAGAGAUGGAAGACCUUAAAAGAAGAUAUGAGGAGGAAAUGCAGGAAAUGAAGAAAAAAAUGGAAGAACAGAAAACAGAAAUUGAACAAGAAACAAAACAAAGAGACAAAGAGCUUCAAAAAGUGAAGAAACAGCUUACCAUGAGAAAAAGAGAACAAAAAUUAAGAGAUGAAGAAGACAAAGAGAAGAAAGAAGAGGAAGAAUCACAGCCAAUGUGUAAAGAAAUGAGGGGCGUGCCAAAAGUUGCGGGCAGUCUUCCACGCCAGCAGGUGGCACUUCGCUUCGAGUAG